AGAUAGGAGAGAGAAGAAACUCCCCGGUCUCCUCCGGCGGGGCUGGGGUUGGGGGGGAAGAAACUCGGGGCGCUUGGCACUGGCCCCCCGCCCCCGCGCCGAUGCCGAGCGGAAUUAGCGCCCUGUCCCUUUAACGCCUUCUGCAAUGAGUAAGCGUAAAGCGAAGGAGAGUGGUGGAGCAAAUGGAGAAUGUAUUUCACAGGCACAGAAAAUCCUACGUGAAAGAUUCUGUCACCAUUGUGCUGCUGGAAAACUCUUUCGGAUUGAACAUCAGUACAGACAUCUGCUGGAUCUGCUGAAACGGACUACAGUUCAUGGAGAAAGUAAUUCUGCCCUCAUUAUUGGACCCCGAGGAUCAGGAAAGACUGCGUUAUUAAAUCGUGUUUUAAAAGAGCUUAAGGAAAUGAAACAAGUUAGAGGGAACCUUUUGGAAGUUCGUCUGAAUGGGCUUCUGCAGACUAAUGAUAGAGUGGCCCUGAAGGAAAUCACCAGACAGUUGAACCUGGAAAAUGUAGUUGGGGAUAAAGUUUUUGGCAGUUUUGCUGAAAAUCUUGCGUUCCUUCUUGAAGCUUUAAGGAAAGGAGAUCGAACUAGCAGUUGUCCAGUCUUGUUUAUACUGGAUGAAUUUGACUUGUUUGUUCAUCACAAGAAUCAGACGCUGCUCUAUAACCUCUUUGAUAUAUCACAGUCAGCCCAGACUCCAGUAACAGUUAUUGGACUUACGUGUAGGCAGGAUAUUCUGGAGCUCUUGGAGAAGAGAGUAAAGUCAAGGUUCUCUCACCGACAGAUAUAUUUGACGAAUUCUUUUGAUUUUAAACAAUACAUUAAGAUAUUCAAGGAACAGCUUGCUCUUCCUGCUGAAUUUCCUGAUAAGUCUUUUGCACAAAAAUGGAAUACUAAUGUUCAGCAUCUCUCAGAGGAUAAAACUGUGCAGGACGUGCUGCAGAACCUUUUUCACCACAGUAAAGACCUGCGCUCACUUCACUUGCUCUUGAUGCUUGCUCUAAGUAACGUUACUGUGCAUCACCCACUUAUCACCGCAUCAGAUCUCCAUGAAGCAAGCAAGCAGUAUCGAACGGACUCAAGAGCAAAUAUUGUACAUGGUUUGUCUGUCCUGGAAAUCUGCCUAAUUAUAGCUAUGAAACACUUGAAUGAUGUUUAUGAAGGAGAACCCUUUAACUUCCAGAUGGUUUACAAUGAAUUCCAGAAGUUUGUACAGAGGAAGGCACACUGUAUGUACAACUUUGAAAAGCCUGUUGUCAUGAAGGCAUUUGAACACUUACUACAGCUGGAAUUAGUAAGGCCAAUAGAAAGACCAAAUAUACGUGCUCAGCGCGAGUACCUCCUGAUGAAGCUGCUAUUGGACAGUACUCAGAUCAUGGAUGCCUUGCAGGUGUACCCAAACUGCCCUGUGGAUGUGAAGCAGUGGGCAGCCUCAUCACUCAGCUGGCUCUGAACUUUCUGGAACUUGCAGCAUCACUUUCUGCAUCCAGGCUUUUUGAGUUGAGUAUGAGCUGCAGCAGAGGGCAUUUUCCCACAGGAGGUAACUUUUUGGAAGAAGCUUUACUGAUUGAUGGGGGAGAACUGCUCCAGUGUUAUAUUCCGAUGGCUGUAACAGUGAUGAAGGGGAAUGCUCUGGCAGUGUAGCUCAGCUUGGUGCCAGCUUUUCCUCUGGUGCAGAGUUUCCACUUCAUAUAAAUCUUGAGUUCCUUGGUCUGGGAUUGACUGUGUCAGGUGCUGCCUUGGGGCACACCGCCCCGGAUGCCUGUGGGUCUGGCUUAAACCCCAAGGCAGAGUUACUUCUCAAAUGGUGUUUGAAGCUCAUACUUGGUGUACUUUUUCUUCUCAAAUUUGACUUGAUGCAGAAAACUUAAUUAACUUUUAA